GAAUCUCUCCCAUUUCCUCUCCUCCCUCUCUGCCCUGUUUCCGCCAUGUUCGCUGAAUCUGUUUCUUCCACUCUCUCCAUAUGGACCUCCAUCAACAGUUGGUUCACGCCCACUGUUCUCUUCGUCGUUCUCAACCUCGUGAUCGGCACCAUUGUUAUUGCUUCCAACUUAGGUGGCCCUCAGAAAAAUCACCGCCAUCCUUCCGAUCCUGACCAGUUUCAGUACCUCCACAGAUCGCCUUCUAUGCUUCAGAGGCUCAAAUCGUUUAAUCCUUAUUCGUAUAGAUCCGAAGAGCCGGCCACUCUGUUCGAGAAACUGCCUGGAAAUGAAACUCAUUAUGCUACUUUUGAACAUCCGCAACUCGUUAGGUCUCCUUCUGUUCUUCAGCGGUUUAAAUUUAGUUUUGCAGGUUAUAAAUCGGAAGAGUCUUUCCAAUCUCCACCGCCGGCAACUGUGGUCGAGAAAUCGCCUGUGAACGAGACUCAUUAUGCUAGUUUUGAACAUCCGCAACUCGUUAGGUCUCCUUCUGUGUUUCAACGGUUUAAGUUUAGCUUCUCAGGCUACAAAUCCGAGGAGUCUUUCGACUCUCUACUGCCGGCAACUGUGGAUGAGAAACCGCCUGCAAACGAGAUUCAUUAUGCUAAGUUCGAACAUCCGCAACUCGUUAGGUCUCCUUCUAUGCUUCAGCGGCUCAAGUUUAACUUCUAUGGCUUUAGAUCGGAGGAUUCUUCUCAAUAUACGCAUCCGUCUGUUACUGCGGUUCAGAAAAUCGAGAAGGUCCAGAUCGGGCGGGAAGAGGCGGUGCCGAAACGAGCGGAGGAUGAAGAAAUGGACGAAGAUCAAGAACCGACGAUGGACGAGGUUUACAGUAAACUCCAUGGCGAUCACUUCACCAGAACAAAAUCCGACACAAAGCCGACUGCCGGUGAGAUUCCAACAAAACUGCCGAGGAAAAUGAAGAAAUCAGCGAGUUCGAAAUCUGCAUUCUCGCAUUUCGAAGCGGAUGAAAUCGUGGAGAGUCGCCGUCCAGCCACAGUGAAUGAAGGAAGAGCGAAAAUGACAGAGAUAGACGAGGGAGUAGACGCAAGGGCCGACGACUUCAUCAACAGAUUCAAGCAACAGUUGAAAUUACAGAGGCUGGAAUCCAUUCUCAAGUACAAAGAUAUGAUCAGCAGAGGGAACAACGCGAAAUAGAGAAGGCUGGGCGAUUGGAGAAGCAUUAAAGUUUAACGGGCCAAGGUUUGGGCCCAUUUAAACAACUGGGUCAGGCCCAAAUACAAAUUAAUAGGCCCACGAAGAUCCAAUUAGUUAUCUUCCUCCCGGCUCGAGGCUUAGUUCUCAUGUGUCUUGCAUUGACUUUUUGAAUUUAUGUUUCGUUUCUAAUUUCUAA